AUCGAGCAUAUCUUUAUGCUAAUAUCAUGGCAACUGGCUUCACCUAUCGAUUCAUUGGAAGAAAUAUUCCAAAAAAUGCAUUAGUCAGACGGUAACAUUUAGAUAUUGGUUACGAAACACUAAACACUGGUUAGGGGAUAAGCGUUUUUCAUAUAAAUUUCCAAGGAAGUAAUAGAUCGUUAUCCAGUCGUAAAAAUGAAAUUAUCAGUGAUCUACAUCCCCGUUCUCGUGAUCUUGCUAUCAUGCAGUGCCAACAGCGAAGAAGAAUCUCUUAAAAAUUCUGUGGUUUCGAAUAUGCGAACGGGCGUCGGGAAAAUCUUUCACAUUGUGGGCGAUUCUAUGUCUAGUUCUUAUAAAAAAUUAACUUUGGUGCUCGGAGCUAGAGGAGUACCCAAGCCGAAAAAAAAGAGCAAACCAGCGACUACCAGAAAAGCCAAAGGCCCAACAAAAAGACCACAUCAGUCAGUUGAUAAGGGAGCUUUUGAGAGAACAGAUGAUUUGUUAUCAUCACAGUGGUACAACGGACAUAGAAACAACGAAACUCAUCUAACUCCUAAGCCUAAGGUUAAAAGUACUAAAUUAACGACAGUAGCCAAAUCCACCAAUAGUAAAAAAUCCACAACAGCAUUGUUCCAAAUCCGAAAUCAUACUCCCUAUCCGAUAUACUUUAGCGAUGGAUCCAACGCGGAAAAAGAGCCCAAACAAGUAAAACAAGUAAAACAAGUAAAACCUGUAAAACAAUUACCGGUAUUGAAACUUAGCAAACAGUCCGCUGAGAAAAAAGUAAAGCUUUUUUCUGAGUCAUUAUCUGUUGAAGGUUUAGACAAAAGCAAUUCGAAAGAAACGCAUUCAUCCACUGGAUCUGUCGGAUUUCCGGAAUCUAUGGCACCCGUAGCACCUAUACCGACGCCCGGUACGAUGGAACAACCAAAAACUGGUUCGAAAUUCGAGUUUACCAGUCUAUCAGAUUCGUUCGGUUCGAGAGAAGAUUCUCUAUUUGAUGGCAACAGAUUUUCCUCAGAGAACAAACCGUCUCUUAUCGAAUAUCCAGCUAAUAUACGAAAGAUAGGCGAUAAACGCGAUUUGAAAGGUGUGUCUGAAGGAGAACCUCAGCCUACCAAAAACGUAAGUCAAUCUGUAGGCCAUGCAAUCACCUACGGCUUUACAGGUAUUAGCCGUGCACUAGGUGUAAGUGAAGAAGUUCCCGAUAGGCUGAACUUUAAAUUAGGGAAAUCGAAAAGCCUCUUGGACCAAGGCGUAUUGAACGACACACUUAAAGAACCCUUGCCUAUUCAAUACACCGAAAAAUUGAAAACAAUUCUCAAUGAACAAAACUCGGUAGUUCUUCCGUUCGAGCACCGACAAAAUAUCGAUAAAGUUGAGAAAACCAGGUUGGAAAAUAUAAAGAUUGUGGAGCAACCGUUUGAACAUGAAGAUGAAGAGGUUCUAGCGCCUACUCAAAUAGAACUCGCUAAAUCCACGGAGGCUGCAGAAACUGUUGAACCUAUUGAACCCUUGGUUAAGUUGAUUGAAGCAGAAUUAAAUAUUUCUGUAACUGAUGCAACAAAAUUAACAAGUUACAGUACAGAUGCUACCAAGAUUUCCAGUACAGAUGCUACCAAAACUUCCAGUACAGAUGCUUCCUUAUCUAGCAGUGCUAAACCGAUAUUAGGAGUAACUAAUGUCGCUACUAGUACAGAAGAUCCUAUAAGUGUUUUCAGUGGUAGCAGUAACAGUAAAACUCAAACAGGAAAAAUAAUAAGGACACCUGAUCAUAAUUUACCACCGGUCAACGACUAUGCAUACGAUUUAAUACAAUACGCAGUAAUGGGACAGGUCAAACCAGUCACUGAAGAAGGUUCCGUCAGUAGUUUUAAAUUACGAGGUCCGCCACCUAUUCCGGUUCCGAGAGUGAGAACUGUCAUUCUCGAUACAGAAACUACUGACUUAUUAACUAAUGCAUCUAAAUCGAAGAUUGUAGGUGUGAGAAAGGUUAAAAGAGAUAGAACAAGAAGCAAAGAAGAUCACAAUCAAAAAAAUGUUGGAGCUACAUAAUAUUUAGUGACUAUAACUCAAAUAUUUUUUAUACUUCUAAUAUUAUUGAAAUAGUCAUACGGAGAAGGUAACAUAUUAUUUUUU